AUUUCCGUCGCCGUUGUCUGUCGUGGUCGUCGUGACGUUCCCGCCGCCGUUCACUGGACAUUAUUGCGGCCCGCGACGAAAUGACGGGCCAGCGGUUAAUGCGAAAAGGUAAGCCGAACAAUUACAAUAAAAUAAUAUUACGCGUGUACAAUAACGACAGCGGCGUGCUGAACAUUUUUCAUACUCGAGGCGAGAAAUAGGACCCGCCCGAUCAAAACAUGGAUUUUUACGGAUGUCCUAUAAUUACAGCUGCAAAAACAUCAUUUAGCUAUAUUGACUACAUAAUAAUAUAGGCUAUCACAUCCGUACGUAGGUAUAUUAAUAAUAUAUAACAUACAAAACUAAAGGCAUCUCUGAUCUCUAAACUAGUCGAUCUCGAUCAACAUUAAACAUAUUUGGUCAUCCACUGACCCACCCAUUUUAGCCAUGAGACAAUCGCCUCGAAAAAACUUACUUCGGCACGCCAUUGAAUAACGAAAUUACGUGCGCACGAUUGUUCCUCUCUCCGAGUUACCGCGGCUACAAUAUUAUCGUGUCAAUUUUUCCGGGAAAAAAAAUAAUGAAUAUACGCGUUUUUAGUCACUGGUCAUUAUAAUAUAACGUAUUACGUACAUACGUGACAGUUUUUUUUGGAAAAAUAAAAAUUAAAAAAAAAAAGAGACAAAACCGCUGAUGGGUGUGCCGCUGUUGUCGGUGAUGGGGAGUUGAAAGGGUAUAUAGAGCAUAUAGCGAGUAUAAAUGUUUAUCUGUACACGCGACGAUAAAUCGUUGCUAACGAAAUACGAUUCUGGGCGGAGUUCGGUUAGACACGUUUAAAAUGCCAUAAUUUUUACGAUUUCCGUCAAAACUUAAGCUUAAAAAAAACAUCUAAAUUACAUUAAAUAUAUUUGUUUUAUCGCUAAGUAAAACUUACGAUAAACUUCGUGUAAAAUAUUUGAACAUUUCUGUCCAAAAAAAUUUUAUCUAUAUAAAUACUAAAAAAAAAACAUCGAAUAUGUCAAACACCUAUAAAUAACUUAAAAAUCGUCAAAAAUUCAUAUUACUUACAGACUUCGUGUAAAAAUUGUGCCGUACUUCGGUUUUUUCAGUAAUUCAUCAGUAUGUUGUUAUAUAUUGUAUUGUGCGUUGUAUGCGUAUUUUCUACGUUUCUCUCUAAACAGUUAUUAAUGUUAUAAGUUAUUGAAGAAUCAAUUUCAUUUUUAACAUUCUGAAUGUUAGUUUUCUCCAUAACUUCUCUCAAUUUUUUAAUUAAAGUAUGCUUUGUUUUGCAAAUUUCUAUCGUGGUAUUCAUGAGACUAAAUACGCCACAAACAGAGACAUUUCCUAAACUCUGCAAAAUAUUCGAUUAUAAAUUCUUAAUUUGUUUUUAAAAUUAUAAAUAUUUACGAUUAUUAUGAAAUAAUAGUAUACUAAGUACAUUAAAUUAAACGAAUGAAAUUUUGUUACAAACAACUUUUAUUUACAAACCAUGUUUUUUUGUUUAUAUUAUCGAAAACCCCACACACUACGAUUCGGAACGACAAUUAGGUACACCGUGUUUAAUUUCAAGCUUCGGCAGAAAUUAAAACCUUAUAAAUAAUUAAACCCUUCGUGAUGUAAACUUUACCGUUUUUCCAAGGUUUUUUUUCUCCAAUUUACUCAAUUAUUGAGAAAACCACGAGGAAAAUUAAAUAAUAACCUUCCUAUAGUACUACAACUAGAUACAUUUUGCUUUCCAAAAAUAUGCUACAUUUGGAAAUCGGAAUUCUAAUUCCAAUACAUCGUUGUUAAAAGAUAUAUUAAACAAAAAAUUUAAAGUCACAAAUCACGGUAAAACCAACACAAUCCUAGUUGCACUCGGAAUAUAACAGAAAAAAAUAGAACUACACGGAGAUGAGAAGGUUUUUAAAUUAUACAUUAUAAUAUGAAGAAACGUUAGAUAAAUAUUGCCCAAAAUUCUACUAUAGGUAGUUACAGUUUACAGAUACAACAUACCUAACGAUUAUUUUUAAUCAUCAAACAAAUCGCAAAUCUCAAUCACUGAAGGACGGAUUAGUAUAAUGGCAUGUACCUAACUGUGUCCACUGGUAUACAUAUUAUAAAAGGGGCUCUUUUUAAUUUAAAAAAUUCAAACAAACAGAAUCAAAAAUAUUUCCCGAAAUGGAUCGAUUUGUUUUAAUAAAAAGGAUAGCGUAUGUAUGCAGAAUGAUCAACAUAACGUAAGAGUGUAAGACACUCAUUAAAAAGAAUUACUAAAGAAUUAGUUUUUUUCAUAAUUUGGGUUUUAGGGAUUAUUUGUAAGUAAUAAUAUCAGCUUUAAAACGUUACAUCAGCGUUAUUUUCUUGUGAAACCACAACCACUUUUAAUUUCCAAAAACGAUCUAUAUUCAAAAUUCCAUAAAUAGAUGACGGAUGAGUUUAAAUCAAUUAUGAUGUUCAAUAUUUUAUUUUCCGCCAACCUAUUGUUGAGAUAUCCACUUUUAAGUGUCGGCAGAGACUGAGUAUUGGAGCGUAACAUUUUGAAUUUGCUUGUUUCUUAUAGUAUUUAAAAAAAACAAAAUACGAAUAAAAUCAAAGAAUUAUUACUUUCCGAGAUAAUAAUUUUCUUACGUUAUGUGUUGAUCAUUAUGUAAACAUUGUAUUCACGUUUAUACCUGGAUAUUUUGUUAGGUAAAUUUUUUUCUGUAAAAUAUAUCAUUAGAUACUAAUAAUAAUGACACAGAUGUUUUCUAUCUAUUAUAAUAUUUAUUUAAUAAUAUCAUAGUUUUCUUUGACAACGUGAUUUUCUCGUGUUAACAACAAUCAAAUUUUAGGUUUCCAAUUUCCUCAAAAUUAUAAGUGUAAUAUAUGUAUAUAAUUAUGAAACCGUUGUCGAGUUAAUUAUAAUUUAAAAAGUAUAUGUCUGUUAGAUUUAAAAUUAUUAAUAAAUAAAUAAAAUAUAAAUUAAAAUAAUAAAUACAUUAAAUAAAUAAUUAAUUAAAAUUAAUUAUUAUAAUAAAUUAAAUUAUUAAUAAAUAAUAAAAAUAAAUAAAUACUUAUUAAACUUAAUAUAAAUUAAUGUUUAAAACAAUUUAUACGCAUUUGUUAUACCGAAUGUAAAUGUAAUAAUUAAAUUAAACACUAAACAAAAAAAGUGUACUAAUUAGUCGUAUUAUUAUUUGCAUUAUCUCAGCGAACACGCGCAAAAUUUUUUUUACAUCAGGUUGCUUUUUUUUAAUAAUUUUAUGAUAAAAACAUAAGGUAUAUAUGGUCUAAUAUCAUGUCUUUAGUAUUCCAACGCAAACUCGAGUAAUGCCAUUAAUAGUAUUUUAUUUAGAUAACAUUUUGUGGUUUUCGAAUUUGAGUGCAUAUUUUAUUGAUAACACUGUUGCUGAUAACUUCCGUUGCAAGUGAUAACAAAUUCGUUGGCAACACGCAUAGUAAACGAAAACCCAUCACGUCACUUUUCGAUAAAAUAAAAAAAAAAAAUGUAGGUAAUCCGUUUUAAAACUUCAAAACGUGAUUUUUGUUCAUUUUAAUUUUAUGCCUGAACAUAUUAUAGGACAAACAAAUUAAAAGUAAUUUAAAUAUUAUUUAAACACUUAAAUGCCAAUAAACUGUGCGAUAUAAUACCGCGGUUGUAUUUAAGUUUAUUAAGAAUUUAAUUUCGUUUCGUAGUAAGACUAAUAUAUACGAACUUUGAGAUAACAGGCAGUUUUAAAUACGUUUCUUAACGGAAACAUAAUAAUGAGACUCCGUAAAGAAAAGUACCGUAUAUGUUUACCGUAGGUUUUCGAAAAAUAAUUAAAAAAAUGGAUUCAUUUUUAUGUAAAUUUGAUUCAUUAUUAUAAAAUACAUUGUUCUAUAAUAGAUUCGCGAAAAAAAUGUACUAUAAUGCGAUAUGUUUGAUGUAUCCAUUUAAGUCCGUCUAUAUUUAGUGCCUACUACACUUGAUAUUUCGAAAAGUACGUGUACUUGGUUGAUGGAAAUAACAAAAUUUCGACAUCGAAAUUUAUUUAUUUAAAAAAUAAAAAAAUCUUCAUCUAUUUAUGCAAUUUUUAAUACAGGUUGCAGUAUAAAAAUAAAAAGUGGAUAGUGGUUUCACUCCGAACAAAUAAUGCUGACAAAUAAUAGCCGAAAUGUAACGUUUUAGAAUUGUUUGUUUUUAUAAUUUAUUGGAAAACAAAAAUUGCAAAAAAGGUAAAUACCUUUCGAAAUAUCAAGUGCGUCAUCACGCUUAAACGGAUCAUUUGAUGUAUUCGAAACGAUGGUGGGUAAUAAAAUUAAAGAUAUUUCGAAUCUAAUUAAAGAAUCUCGUGGUAAAUAAAAUUACAGUAAUAAUAUAUAUUUAAUUUUUUUUAAUUUGUUUUUUUAAUUCUAGUUAGAUACCCGCCUCUAAUUUUAAGUAAUUAUUCGAAAGUGUAUACAAUUGGCAUUACGUAUGUAGGUGUUUUGUUGUAUUUUAUUAUAGAUGUAAUAUGUACCCACAAUAAAAAGUUUCCUAAUCGGAAUAAUAUUAUUUUAUUAUUAUAACACUUUCGUCAUUUUGGUCGUUUAUUUUUUAUUAUGUAUCUCGAUAAAUAAUAUAAGAAAAAAAUCCGCCCAACAAACUUCAAAAAACUAAGAAUUCGUUAAAAAAUCCGUUAAAGAAUCAAAUAUAUACACACCGACGGUAUUUUAUAUUUUAUUUAUAGUUUAAACUAAAAAAAAAAAAAUAAAAUAAAAACGUUGAACUAUCGCGUGUUUAAAUUAGUAUUUUUUAUCGUCUCCUCCACUAACUAUAAUAACAGAUAAUUUAUAUAGCGUACGUAGUAUACAUUAUUGCACUGAAUACAAAAAAAAAAAAUUAAGCAACGUCGUAGUGGCAUUUUGUUAUUAUAAUAUUAUAAUGUUAAUGUACCAAUACAUAUUAUACUAUAAUAAUAAUAAACGAAUUGAUUAAGUAUAUGAGUACCCGUCGGCGUUUUAAAUUCGAGAAUAAACUAUAAGACGUGAGAACUAAUGAUAAAGGAUAAUUAGUAUUCGAUAAUUGUUACGUGUGCAUAAAAUAAUUGUAUGUUCAUUGUGUGUUAAAAAAACUAACGUUUUAUUGGUAAGACGAAAACAAGUUGUGAACAAAAAAAAAAAGAGUUGACACUGCGACACUGCCGACUGGUGCGGUUUUCGUCAAUUAUCUUGGGACACUGCCUUUAUUAUACACAUUUAUUUCGCAGGUCUAAAAAAAGUUAUACUAAAAGGGUGUACAUCAAUUGCAUCAGAUUAUCUUUACAUAACAAAAAUAAUAAAUUAAUUGUUAAAAAAACGGACACACUUUGCACGUAGGUGGGCCCCUGUUGUAGAUUGGAAGUUGGGAAGGUACAGCAUACAGACGGGAAUUCAACGCAUAUCUGUAAGCAACGAUUAACCAUUGCUAACGAAAACGCGAUUCUGAGCGGAGUUCAGUUGAUAGUUUUGCUCUGUCAACAAUAUAUAUGUAAUAUUAUGGUAAAAUAAUUACAAAUGCGUUCAACAUUUCUUGAACAAUAUUUUUUUUAAUAAUACCUACAUUUCGUACAUUUUCCUGUUUUUCCGGUUUUUCCGAUAUAUUGAGAAAAUCAAAAAACAACUUUCUUAAUGUACCACCUCAGUCAGAUUUCCUUUCAGAAAAAGGGCUACACUUAAAAAUUGGAGCAAUAUUUCUGGUAAAAAAGUAGUUCACAGAUGAAAAAAAAUAAUAAUAAUAAACUAAAAUAAACAUGUUAAAAGCUUUUUCGCUCCACUCAGAAUCUAAAACGGUUUCGAAUUAUGACUGUACAUAAUGUUAAUAUUGUUUGAGUUUUAUAUUUCCGAAAUUAAUACUUUUGGAAUAUUCCUUAUCAAUACCCAGCUAAUAUCAAAUAUUUUCUCGAAACUGCGAAAAUACGAACACGAGUGGCGAGCAAACAAAACGUUUAAAAACGCCGAAUAUUAUUAAAUAUUUAACCAUUAUUAACUUAUUGGUAAAUACGAAUUAGGUGUGUAAUUUCAGUCAAACGUACGUGGUUAAAAACUAAUUACGAUUAGUUUUAAAAUCAGGACGUUUAAAUUUAUUAACCAAAUUACGACUAUUAUAAUAGGGUUAGGGUUGUAAAUCGAAAGUUCCGAUGAAAUCCAUAGGAAUGAUGUGCCACUAUGGAUUUGGGGUAAAUUACACGCGAUGAGCGAUAACUUAAUCUUUAUAAUAUUAUGUACACACGGUGUUGUUUUGUUUUUAAUAAUUCUCAGUAAAUGUCUGCUUCAAGCUCAAAACUAAUAUUGUUGUAAUUAUGAUAUGACGUUAAGCAUUUUUUCCGUUAAUAUAUGAAACUUCUCCGGGUCGCAUAAACGGCAUGUUUUUAGCGGCACGUAUGACAAAAUUGCCGUUUAGGAAUAACGAGAAAGUUUACGUAAAUAAUGGUUUCAUUUUGUUUCGUUGUUGUAAUUCAGUUUAAAAUAUUCGUAGAGCCUUGACAUUUUAACAAAAACCUUAUAUUUGUCUUUUUAAAAAGUGUUAAAAUGUUCAAAACAUUUUGGCGAUUUUUAAGCUAUUUAUAAACAUUUCAAUUUUGCGAGUUUUUUUACGUAAUAUUUAUUCGAUAGUUAUUCUAUGGAUAAAAUUGUAAUAAUAAACAGAAAUAACGGAAAAUUUAACAUGAGGUUUAUUAUAUUAUGUUGAACUUAGUGUCAAAGAAAAAAGUAGUAAAAUUUAGUAAUUUUUUUUUUGUAAUUGUUUUAAGAACAAAUUUCGAAGAAAAUCGCAAUUAUUUCAAAUCAUGUAUAAAUGAACUUUGCUUAAAAUAAUUUUUCAUUAGCAAUGGUUUUUACAGAUAUAAAUUAAAUAACUUUAUGUAUCCUAGCUUCCCAACGUCCCACCAACAAUAAUGACGCACCCAUUAUCAGUAUCAGCUCUUUUUAUUUUAUUUGUUAUAUUAUUAUUUUCGAUAGCGGCCGGUAUGGUGAUAAUUUUAUGGUGUUUUACGAUGUCUUCGACGUGGCAAUCGAACUUUCGAAUACCGAAAUGGAUGCUUCACAUUCCCGACGAAAACCUGACAGAUGUACCGAAAACCUUGGUACAGCUAGAUAAACCCAUAUACUAUCCCAUAAGACUAUUUAUGCAAACUAUGUUCAGCUCACAGCGCCAACUAGACAAAUAUCGGAUGUUACAGGUUCGUAGCAGCAGCUAGUGUUCUAUCUAAUCGCGGCGUCCGUACGUACCCAUGCCUACGCGCUUAAUUAAUUUGUUGGUGUUUUUUGGACCACUAGAAAACCCAAAGACGAGUGUUAAAGUCUACCGAGUUCUUUUGUGAUACUAACGGUAUGAGAUCUCCAACUCGGCCAACAAGCGCACACAAAGUUAGACCUGGAGACGUGGAUAUCGUUGGCAGUAUCGGCGAUUCGUUAAUGGCAGGAACUGGGAGCCUGUCGAAUAUCUUACCGCAAUUGGCUGUCGAUCAUCGCGGAUUAUCGUGGACAUCCGGUACGAUUUUAUUUUAUUUCAAUCGUCAUAUUAUUAUAUUUAUUCGAGUAAAAUUGAAUCAAAAAACUCAAAAAAGAUAUAAUAAUAUACCAAGCGCAUUUUUUUACGUGAUCCAGCAAUUUUCUAUACGACGAUUUUGAUGAAUACCAAUUUUUGAUUUUUUUUUCUCUGUCAUUAUGCAGAAUCGUUUAAUGGUCUUAUGUAUAAUAUUUUGUUAAAAAUUAUACCCAAUUCCGUACACCAUAAAUUCAUUGAAAUUCAUUCAAAUCAAUUCAUUGAAAGGGAGAAAAGCUUAAGUCAUCUAAAAGUUAAACAGUAUACUUACGUGAAAAAUCACAUGAUUUCCUUAAUCAAGUCGAAGUAUUAUAAAUUAAUAUUAUUAUGUAUAGGUAAAAGUGAAAUAUGAACCAAAUACUUCAUAAUUAUUAAUAUAAAUUUUAAUUCCGAUAUUUAAAUAAUAAUUGUGACAUAUUUACGUGCAACGUAAUAACUACUGCAUUGUGACGUUCCAUUAGUAGAGUAUAAGUGAUUGUAUAAAUCACGAAACAGUUUCUGCUGAAUUGUGAAUAUUUCUUUGUUAAUACAAUUUAUUUACUCGAAACUUUUUAACAAUGUGCAGGUGGACAAGGUACGUGGAAAGAAUUUUUAACAAUACCAAACAUUUUGAAAGUCUUUAAUCCAAAACUAGUCGGUUAUUCGUACGGCGAUUCGUUAGCCGUACAAAGUUUUUCUCAAUUUAAUGUCGCCGAACCAGGCGCUAUGAGUAGAGACUUGCCGUUUAUGACAAAAGAAUUGGUGAAACGAAUCAAAGCGGAUAAAAGGGUUAAUCUAAACGAAGACUGGAAGGUAAAACAAUAAUAUAUCGCGUUUGAUUAAUGAAAAAGCGUGAAAAUGAUGAAAACUCUAUAAUAGUAAUAAAUACUAAAAAUUGAUUUAAACAUCGUUCAUAGCCUUCACACAUAUCGUUAUUUUAAUAUUAUAUAAACCAGUGUACUAUUUUAUUGUCGACAGUUGAUAUCCAUAAUGAUGGGCUCGAAUACAUUUUGUCUAGAAUUAUGUUACGAAGACUAUACGACCUAUGCUGAAAAACACAGACAAGAACUAUUAAAGGCAUUAUUAUACAUAAAAGAAAAUCUCCCGCGGACAAUUGUUAAUUUAGUUCUAAGUCCCAGUAAGUGAAAUUUAAUGUUACGAUUCGAAUGGAUGUUAUUAAUAAGGUGUAAUAUGCGCAUUUAUAUCACAACUACAUAUACUUAUAGUCUUAUAAUAAUUACACCUACAGACACACGCUGAUUAACAGAUUUGUUCAAAAAUGUAUUUUAAAAUAUCUAGAUAAAGGUAAAUUAACGGAAAUUUUUAACUGCAAAUUAAAAAAGUUAUUUUGUAUAUUAUCUAUCAUAAAGACAAAAAAUAUUCGAUUAAAAUUGUACACGAUCGUUAUAUUUUUUGAUCGUGUUUCAAUAAACAUAAGUACCUAAUAUGAAUAAUUAGUAUUUUAAAAUUGUAUUAUAAGUUCAAAAAACAAACGGACAUACUUCGUACAAUGUGUGGGCCACUGUUAUAGGUGAAAAGUUGGAAAGGUAGAGAGGAAAUCUAAAGAUUAAUCAUUGAUAACGAAAAACGAUUCUGAGCUGAGUUCAGUUAUACAUGUUUUGAAAAAUGAUAAAAUUAAAAAAAAAUUGAUGAGCUAUUAACAGACAUUUUAAUUUUGCGAAUUUUGUACGUGAUUUUUAUUUGGUAGGUACUUUGUGGAUACAGUUUUUAGACUAAACAGAAAUGCUUAAAAAUUUAGCAAGAGGUUCAUAAUAAAUUAUAAAAAAGUGUGAAAUGUACUUUUUUUUUUUUAAAUAUUACUUUUUAACGUAGUUGUAUAUGAAAUAAACGAAUAUAAUCUAAAUACUGUUUAUAACCUGUUUUAGACUUAGAAAUAAUAGUCAAUUUUACAAACCUACCGCCGAUUUGUAUUUUAAUUAAUAUCAUGGAAUGUCCGUGUCUGUUCGCCACGCAAUACAAACAUCGUUUAUCAGACUAUAUCGAUGUGAUGAACAAAUUUCAAGACGUCGAAAAAGAAAUCGUAAGUCUUCUAGUUUGGACACCAACUAACACGGUGCCCAUUUUAAUUUCCAUGAUGAGGGGGGGGUGUACAUUUAAAAGCUAGUUUACCUAAAAUGUAAUAUUUUCUACAGUUAAACCUGUCUUAUAAUUAUAAGUAUAUAUAAUAUUAUGUUCAAUAUUCAUACGAAUUUGAUUUUAAUAUCCUUCUAUGUGUUAAAAAAAAAUUACCAAGUAUACAACUGGAAUAUCUAAAGUAAAUGAUUAAUGUUUUUUGAUUAAAUAACGGAUAUUUAAGUUACUAUGAAACAACAAAUUAUAUUAAAUUGGUUUUUAUUAGAUAUUUUCAAAAUGGCCACUUUCAAUCGAUUUUAAUUUUAAAUAAUGUCAGCAUAUUAGUAUUGCUAGUUGGCCUUUUUUUUUUUUUUCUAUCAUCUUUUUUUCUCUAUCAUAAAUACCGAUUGAAUUAUAUAAACAUGUUGCAGUUCUCUAGUGUUUUGUGCAUAUAGCGUUUUGGAAAAGUGGCAUUUUUCGAUUUUAAAUAUAUUAUGAAUACAUUUGAUUACGCCUUGCUCUAGUUACAGUUUUUUUUUUUUUUUUGUGUGGGUCUGUAGUAACUUUUGAAAUAUCAAUCAAUAUAAUAUGGCCGAAAACAAUAUUAUUACGCUCCUAUAAAGAAGACCGUAUUAAUAAGAGGACGGUAUACAUACACUUAUUAUACGUAUUAUGAACGCGCGACAUACCAAAAUGUUCAUUCAUCAGAAUCAUUUUCGUGCUUUUAGUUUUAACAUUAGAGUAAAUUAACAUCCAUUAAACUUAAUGACAACAAUAAUAUCUGCUUUUGUACUUUAAGUUUUUUUCUAAUAUUGUAAUUUUUAAGCGAGAUAUAAGUAUUUUUAAACUGUGAUAUUUUACACACUAUAGCAUCUCGCUUAAAAAUUUAAAUUACAAAACAAAUGCAUAAUGAAACGUUCUCUAAAAAUGAGAAAUAAUCAUUGAUUAACGACGAUGACGAUAUUCUAUGUUAAAUAAACGUGUUCUAAAUAUGUUCUAAAUUUUACAACCAUAUUGUGUCUUGUCCGCCGCCGAAAAGUUAAAAAUAUUUAUGGCACAUCGAAUCAGUAUAAUAUUAUUGCGUGUAUAUAAUAGAUCAAAUAACCAAAUAUUUAUUUGUAUACGUAAGUAACACUUAUUUUUUCAGGUAGAGCACGAAGAACUGAAAAACAAAGAUGACUUUACGGUGGUUCUCCAGACAUUCACGGAGCGCUUGAUAUUUCCGAAAAAUCGCCAAAACACCACGGAUGUGUCGUACUUGUCGACCGACUGUUUUCAUUUUAGCCAGAAAGGUUACGCUAGAGGUAAGAACAAUGUAACCGCGUAAUAAAAACCGUGUACAAUUUUUAUUUUGAAUUAACAACUUAUUUUCGUACGCUCGAAAUAAAUUAAGUCAUAAACUACUCAUCUAUGUACACACACGAAUUGCCAUCUUCACUGCUGAUGAUUUUAUUUUAUGUUUGAAAUAGAUAAAACGUUCUGGUUUUUAGAUAAAAAAUCGUACGUGUAUACAUAGCAUAGUUUAUGAGUUAAUUCCAUGCCCGUUGUUACGAAUACGAAACAGUAAUAGACACCGGAUGAAAAAUGAAAUUUAAUUGAAGAGUUAAUCAUUUGUGAUUUUUUUUUUUUUACAACACUCUUCCAGCCGCAAAUGCGUUGUGGAACAACAUGAUGGAACCGGUUGGAAACAAAUCAACCAACUGGUCCAAAGAAUUCGAUCGGUUUGUUUGUCCGACAGACGAAUCUCCGUACAUCCGCACGUGGAAAAACAGUAUACUAUAAUAUAACGUCGAUCGGUUUUAAGUAUUUUUUUCAACCAGAAUGUAUUAUUUGUUUUAAUAUUCGUCCGAAACGGCUUGCCAUAUAAAUAUUCAUAUGUCAAUUAAGAUUACGAUAAUGAUAACGAUAUGUGAUAAUAAUUAUAGUUUAGGUAUAUAAAAUUAUAUAGGUUAGGUUAUAAGGUUUACGAUUUGUUUACGUGAUUUUAUUGUGAUUUAUUUUGUUAUGACUGUAUAAAGACAUGUAUUUACGAAAUUACCGAUAGCUAAUGCUACUGCCGAUUCUGGAGCGCGUAAAAACUCGGAAUAUACAAGUCUGGACCGAUAUCAGAUUUGUUCUUGCCGUAUUUUUACGAAUAUCGAAAUUUGAACCGUAAAUCUAAAAAGUGGAAUUUAUUGUCAUCCAAUUACACUUGACUAACUACCCUGUGACGGCGUGAUUUUGUCAUAGGUAAUAAAGAUAUGCUAUCCUUGUCAGUGUUCCAAGAUUGAUUCAUAAAAUGAGGCGUUUUUUUUUCUUCUUUCAUAGCUUUUAUCAAUGGUUAUAACUGAUAAAUCGCCUCAUCAAUUUCCUCCCCUUUUAUUGUCCCUCCAGAAACACCGUUCAACAUACAAUUGUUAUAUACAAGCGGCCUACUCAUUUAUUUAUUAUCUAUGGGUUUCGCAUAAUAAAUCUAAAGUUAUUUUCGAUCAAAUUCCGGCAUGAUUAUGCGAAGCUCGGGGGUGAUGGAAUGUCCGCACAUCAAGCUUUAAACAUUUUAACAUCCAGAUGUGUACAUUCCAGGUUUUUAUGUGUAAGUAUACCCGUAUACAACAUGCCAUUUUAGCGCGAUUUGAUCGCUCUUAUUAUUCGCUCCUCAUCGUUCAAUAGUUUCUGCGACCUAGUAACUACGUAAAUUAAACCAUCCAUUGAAAUACAACCAAGCGUUCACGAUUUUCGGUCGCCAAACAUAACAUUCAUUAUAAAACCGACAAUGAGUGAGCAAUACAGUUUGAUAAUCCGUGAAUAUUUCUUACAAGCGAACAAUUUGGACGACCCGAUCUCUUUCGUUUGCGUCGCGAAAACAAGCCGCAUAACUUUUAUUGUCGUGUAUUAGAAUUAAAUACUGUGUAAAUUAGUCAUUACUGCAGAACUGUAUAUAGUAAAUAAAAACAUUUUAUUAUUUUAAGUACUGAAUUUGCCAAUAAAAAAAUCAAAAUUAAAAAAUAUAUCAUUUUUUCAUCGUUUCGAAAUUAUAAACUAUAAUAUAUUAUAAUAUAUAUUUUUGUUCUAAUAAUUUCAAAAUUGCACCGUUUGGUUUUAGUUUUUAAUUUUAGCUUUAAUAUCUAAACUGUUAAAUAUGUUCAUAUUUUAUACCCUAAUUUUUUGUCUCC